GUAGUCUUCAAGUGACGCAGUCUUAAGAUAGUCCUAAAGUGAAAAUAGGGCAUUGAAGACUUUGUGUGAGGCUACUUGUUGUCCCUCUGUCGCCUUUAUCAAGCAGGCUACUUUUUUUUUACCAAAAACGGCAAUGCAGCGAGUUAAGUACUUCAACUCUGUAUGGUGCUCAUUCAUCAUUGAAACCAAGCUUUCAAUGCCAGCAGCGUCUCCAUACCUCUCUUGUUCCCUAUCCAGAAGAGAGAGGUAGUGAUCAAUGUACUCUGAGUGGUGCGCAACAGUCUCUAUCCAAGAGUUCCACCGUGUUCUCACGGGCGCCGACGGCGCUUUUGGCUCUGGCACCCCACAUCUUCUAGGUGGUUUUUGUAUAAUGCACGUUUCCCGCUGGAGAGUCGAGAGGCUCUCUUCAUUUCCGCGUCGAAAUUGUCAACCAAGGGAAAUGACUUGUGCAUUGUAGAGCAGACUAAAUUGAUGCUGUGAGCGACGCACGUCACGCGAACCGCAUUUCCGCAAAGCGGCUUUAUGCACUCGCGAAAUGACUUUUUCGUGUACGGCGUGCUGUCACUCACGAACGCCGUCACAUCUUCAAUCUCAACACCGUACGUAGUGAGAGCUUUCAUGACAAUUUUACAACAGCGUUUACCUCUUCUGUGAACGUCACAUCCACAAGGACUGGCCGUAACGAAACGUUAUUCGGUGAUGCGUUCACAAACAGUAUGUUUUUUACUGACUUUGCCCUAUCAUCACAACCACUGAAACUGGCACCUUUGAACAUAUAUCCUUUGAGGGCCAACUGGUACCUGCCGAACAACUCUGGAAGUCUUUUCCGCAAAGGGAUGGACAACAGGACGGAGCCCCCGUUUGCGACACGCGUUUUCAAGAAGUUUCGCAGCUUUGGAUGAUCAAUCUUUUCAGUUGGUAUGUUCGCUGAUACAAGCGUGUCCCGGAACUCCAGCACCAGGUCGUCUCUUGCUUCCUUCGCUGUCAUCACUGUCUCCAAUGUCUGCAGCUUAGACUGCUUCUGCAGACCCGAUCCAGAAGCCUGUACAUUUCCUUUCUCAGCGUUCUUUCUAUGGCUGUUACUUUUUAUGUGAUCGUCGAUUGUUUACUUGCGAUGAUUUUUCGCGCAAUAACGACAAAAGAUUAUGCCGCCAUCCUCGUAGAAAUCUUCAACACUGUAUUCACGAACUCGCUGUUUUGCGUCUUUGCUUCCCAAGUGCGAGCGUGAAUGUCAAACGAAACAAGUAUUGAUGAUGAUUAUGAUGAUGAUGAUCUAGUGGCUGUAGCGAGUAGACAACGCUAAACAGCGCGUCCUAGUAAGUCCCACGGCGCAACCAGCGUUGCCAACGGCGCCUUAUCUGGUUGGCACAUCUCCGCUGUGAUGCAAGCUGACCCGACGCGAGCAAAGCCUGUUCAGCUCAUCAACUGAGUUAAGCGUGCAGUUCCGCGAAAUUCCGCGCAAAUCCUCAUAUUCCGCGGCAGACCCACAAUUCCGCGAAAAGGAAUGGCCUUACUUAUGGUCUAUCAAUCCAGUUGAGCCUAUGACGGCUAUGUUAACUUCCUUUGCACUUAAAUUCACUGUGCAGUAAAAUCUGUCCAGUCUGGUUGCAGACUUUCCUUUCCAUAUACAGGUAUACUGCCUGUCUCCAUCUUGGGGUAUGUACUCAUAAGUUGACCAUAUUUUUGCAGUAAACAUUCCAAUUCCCUGGCCCCUUUGGAAUUCAAGUGCCUUCCUACGGACAAGUUCUUGUCUUUGUCCAAGAUACAAUUAAAGUCGCCAGCAAUCAUGGUACUUUGGCUUCCCGUCACAAAUUUUUAGACGUCAUCCUUCAAAAAGGCAUAAGCCUCCACUGGUUGCUUUGCCCGUAAACACUGAAAAUGGAGGGAAGUGAAUGUCUUAUAUACAGUGUCAAGAUACGCAGAGAAGAAUAGUGGAUACGUUGCCAGCAGAUUUAUUUUAACUCCUGUGAAAUCAUCGAUGACAAGCUGUUCUUUAUCUGCACAACAGUAUGUUUUUGCACUAAAACAUCAAUAUUGCUACCUUUACACGCAUCAAGAAGCGGUGGGCUAGCAAAAUUCAACAACUAUUUCCCGUAACUGGUUUGGGGACCAGGAGCAUGCCAGCUAUGACAUGUAUGAAGUGGAUAGUGUUGUGUGGAGCACAAUAACGGUGAACAAUGACAGGAGUACCGUAUUAUUUGUGUUAACUGCUUUGCGAUAUGCCAUAGCCGCCAGCCUAUAGUUAUCAAACUCUGAUAUGCGUUUGUAAGUCAGGAAUUCCUCAGACUUCCUAGAAAUUAUAAAUUCUUUUGUAUAAUGUAAUUUUCCUUUGAACAAGUGCCAUCAAAUCCUUUGUCAUCCAAGGCCUUGGACUACGAUUUUGUAGUUGUUGCUUCAUUGGAAAAUGAAUCUAAUAAAUCAUACCAGUAGUCAAUCUACUGUCAUGUGCAGUUUACUCCUGUCAAAAAUAUAAGUUGUAAAUGUGCUGUAAACUUGCUGCAGCCUAAUACGGCAGAAUACAACAGGAACGCUGGCAAUUUUGACGCUCUGCCGUAUACAGCAGCGCUGCUGUGUUUUACUGUAAUUGAGCUAUUGUGCAGCAAAGUGUUUUGCUGGAAUUGUAGGUUGCAGGGUUCCUGCAGUGCUUUGAUGCACAUUUACUUUUUAGCAUGUGUUCUGUGGCAUUUUGGUAUGCACGUGCUACAGUAAGUGUAGUGUGUAACAUAUAGCUGUACUCAUCAUCGCAAACAAAAUUGAGCUAAAUAGGGAAAAUACAUUUAUUAGAUCAAUUCUUUUUAGGCAGGUACUGAAUUUUGUCACUGACAAUUCUGUUGAGUGCUGAGUGACUCGAUGGACAAGCUUUUACGGCACGACCUUCAUUGGCUAAGCAUAUAUACUCGUGAUAGGCACCUGAAGAUUAAGAAUCAACAUGUCUGACAUACUGCUAGACAGCUUAACAGCUACAAACAAAUUACAAAGAAUGAAACAUGACAAACUUAAUUGACCAAGCUCUCGUGCAGAUGCCGCACUUCUUCAUUUUACACAGAGAAUACAUCCAAGAGAAUUAUACCAGUGUAUGUAAGAGGGAGGAGGCGACGUAAAAUGCACAUACAAUUGAACACAAGGACAUGAACUGCACAUGGCGACAUGUUGCCAUUAGUGGUUCACAUCCUUAUGUUCAGUUGUAUUUGCAUUUUAUGUCAUCUCCUUCUUUCUCUUACUUGCACUAUGUAGGUUGUCCCAGCUAAAUGCGAACAGAUUUUUAAAAAAAUAUACAUAUCACUUUUUUCGACACUAAGUGAGUUGCAACAUAGCAUAUGCUGAAGCGCUCUCCUUAAGAGGGCACCAGCAAACCGGUAAGACAAUGUCCUCAUUAACCUUCAGUCAUUAGGUUUUUAAUUAUAAAAGCUACAAAUUGUUCCAUUUUUAGAACAAAAAUUCAUUGGUGUAUAGACUGGAUAGACCAGCCCAUAUUUAAUCUACGCUUUGUCACAAGGGACACCGCCUCCUCAGGAGCAACUUCUACAACAUAAUUAACAGAAACUCCCCUGUUGCUGGCUGGAGAUGAUUUUGAAAUCGUCUUCGCUGAUACUAAGCCCAUUUAUUACUUCCCUUAGAGAGUCUUUUUCAGUCCUUUUCGGAGGGAAGCCUUCAUCAUUCUGGAUAAAUCAUAAUUUCCUGCUGUGGCAUCAGCCAACUGUGUCAGUCCUUUCUGAAAGUGUGACUUUACACUUUAGCAGGACCCGCCCCAUUCCUGAUCGAUCUCAGCUGCAGCCAGCGCAGAACCCAGUGGGAACACAGAGGAGAAAAACGCUGCUGAUUGGUCAGGAGAUAGGAGUUGUACUGCACGGAGCGGCUGUACGCAGCGCCUUCCACCCGCCGUGCGGGUCAUCAUUUGUUUACAUUUUGCACAGAAAGGAGCACAGUCGACGAUACAUCACAACUCUCGUGCUUUCGACUACUGCUCCGUGCGUUGUCCGUUGUAUUCCUCAGGGCCCAAAAAAUGUUGCCCCAUGUGCACCAACUUCUGCUUGUGCUUCUUCUGUGUUGUGUACUACAGUAGAAUCUCGGUGAUACGAAUCUCACGGGAUAGCGGAAAAAAUUCGUAUCAAGGGAAUUAAACAAAAAUAAAAAUUGAGGCAAGAAAAUAGACAGUGACUGUUCAUUUUCCGUUACCGUCAGUGAAAGAGGUCGGUCGUAACGCUCUUGUGUCUCCGCUUCUGGACAAUGCUGACCAAAUUCGCAAGGUGACUCACGCAUAACCAAAGACCACUGUAUUGUUCACGUCUAGUCAGAGGUGCUUGAGUGUAGUGGUGCCGUAGUGUGGUAUGGUUUCGCUGCCGCACGUGACGUAGAUGUGGCUACGACGACAAUGACAGUGCGCACGUGCAGUGCAGCACGAAUGUCACAAUUGGUGACUCGAUAGCAGCUGCGGGUACAUGCAAGAAUUCUUUUAGGCCUAGGAAGAAAUGCGGAUUGAGCUGCUCGCUGGGGGUUCCACAAACUACGCGCCGUUGUUUGUUUUUUCUAUGCCUCAAGGCUGGUUCACACUACUGCGUUUACGGUUGCGCUUGCAUCUUGCGUGUGCUUACGGCGUAUUGUUGCCAUGGCAGCAGGGAUGCGCUCUCCACAACUGUAGUGCGUAAGAUGACCGCAAGGAGUAUGUCAAAGAACGUGGAGAAACUUGCGGGACAGGUAUGCGCGCGAGUUACGUGCCACGAAACAACCCAGUGGGUCUGGCCGUUCAACCCAGGAAGCAUGGGCCCUUAUGAAGCCUCAGAGCGUCCUUUCAAGGUUCAUCAGGCCUCGGUCACUUCUGGGUUUCAUUUUCUCACUCUGUCCCCUGGCUCUGUGCUCCCAAAGAGGUGCCCUUCUGUCCAGUACACGGGAGGACACAACUUCAAUCAGUGAAACCACAGCAGUGGAUGGUGACCCUCAAGCCAUUUCACUGAUUGGAGGCACACAAGAAGAAACCCUGUCACAGACCGCUCCGUCACCAGUAACCGAAGGAAGUUCGGACGGCUCGUCGGCCUCUCUGUGUUCACGCCAACGCAGGAUUUCCGGUCUCUCCAGGAUCAUGAAGACCGAAGCGCAGAAGGCCGGAGCGAACAAUUGCAAUGCUGCAGGAGGUGCUUGUGUCCGCAACAAGGCAAAUGAGCAGAGCCUCAGCACCUUCGCAAGAUUACGUUGACAUGAGGGACAGCGACACUC